UUUGAGCAAUGACUUUGAAGUUUGGGGUCAAGGUGUACAAAGGUUACUUUUACUGCGCAUGCCGUGCUGAGCACAAGCCAAGAUACACAAAGACAUCUGUCUAUAUGGAGUUCAACGUUAUAUUAACCGUUACAUCGACUGUCGGUGUGCCCUGCUCUUAUUCUGUCCGUGAUCAGGAUGACCCGAAGUUUGUUGCGUUCUGAACUCAGACAGUUGGUGCGUUCUCUGGUGCUGGAUUGGAAUGACCUAGCAUCCCAUUCCAAAGCAAUGUUGUUCUACACUGCUCAGCAUUACCUGGAUGGUAAAAUUCCUUGGGAGAUGACCUUUGAAGUGGACAGGUGGCCAGACUACACCGCCGUCCUGUGGACUGGUAAUAAUGACGCCUCAGCGCCAUCCUUUGCAAAGAAAGCACUAUUUUUGCACUGGACCAGUGAGAAUGGCCUCAGGCAAUUACUCAAGUUGACAUCUAUGAAAUGGACCAGUCCACUUCUGUUAAUCGCAUUCCCUCUCAGUGGUUUGUCCAUACUGAAAGAACAUCUGGAGCUACAAGGCGUUCCAUUCCCUGAAUUUUCCUUUUGUGACACAGCGUACUAUCUGCACAAAACUUGCCCGACUGUGGAGAAAGUGAAAAUGACUGACAACAAGGUGUCCAUAACUCCACUCAAACCUGAGCACAGCCAGCUUGUCAGCAGGACCUGGAAAUUUGGAGGCACUUCUGAAGUUGAGGAGCGGAUUCACUAUCAGAUCAGCACCUUCCCCUCAGCCUGUGUGUAUGACCAGGAUGGAAACCCUGUAUCAUGGAUCAUGUUCAACUACUAUGGUUCACAAGGGGCUGGCUACACACUACCGGAGCACAGGGGGAAGGGCUACUUUCAGCUGGCCUCCAAGUACCUGAUCAGCAUCUGUCUUCAGAAGGGAUACCUGCCCUUUCUCUUCAUUGAGCACGACAACGAACAUUCAAGGGUCGUACACAGGAAACUGGGGUACUCUUGGGUGGAGGCAGGGAGGUGUGCAUAUAUCCACCUCAACAGAAAAAAGUCAUCGGGCUAACACAGUCCAUUUGCAACCUUGUCUGUCAAGACACUGUAAAAUAGCAUGACACUCAAGCUGAGCCAAGCAUGUAUUUUCUGUGUCAGGUGCUCAAAGUUGAUUGCAUAAUGUUAAAGUAUUGAAUCACCAUCGCCCCGGGCUCCAUGUAUCUAUUGUGUUCUAUAAAUAAUUGUGGUCCUUUAUACAGAUUGUCUGAAUGCUAUCUCGGCCAACCCUCUUUCUUUAACAGAACAAUUAAUGUUUCAAUCUUGAUCAAGUGUAAACACAAUGCACAUAUUUUUUCUUUUAUUUACUCAUGGAAAUUAAAUGCGAACGCUUUUCAUCUUAUUGCAAAUAGCAAUCAGUGCAAACUUUGAUUUUGAAUGCACUGUAUUUGAAACGCCGGCAAGCUAUUAUAGCGACACUACUAGUAUUAUAGUGGAUCCUGAGAAAAGAACUUUGUAACAGAGUGUCAGCUUACAGAUGUGUCCUAUGUGACAGAGACUGCAAUUUAAUAGUUAUGGUCGAAUCUGUAGGGCUGAUAUCAAUUAGGAUUUUACUAUGGUCAAUAUUAACCGGAGGAGGCCAUAUACAGAUUAUUCAAAUCACCCGCACAAUUUUGUUGUGUUCUGUUUUCUUUUCCGUUUUAUGUAUAACGGAGAGGAUCUAAAGUUCGGUAACGUUAACUGGCAUAACUCAACCUACUGAUUCUUUGAAAAAGUUACAUUUGAAUAUAACAGGUCAGCACAUGAUAUACGAAGAACAUUUACAAGAAUAUUCCUCUGAAAAUACACACUUGUGCACUGGACCAAGAAUUAUUAUCAACUUCUUUUAUUGCUUUGUGUGACUUAAAAAGAGUAAUAAGAUAGUUCAGGGGCGUCAAUUAUAAUUCAUUAUGCAGAUGAUGGUCCAGUUCGUUCACUUUGGUCGGAAUCAGGGUCUAUUCUUCUUACAUUGUACUGAUAUGAUAUGAUAGACCGUCCUUCUGCCAAUGCUAGGCGUGUGACCAGAAGUGGCGAUCUGGUCAGACUCGAGUCAGACACUGGCCCUGAUUUGCUCAUUUUUACACGCUUUGCUAGCCAAAUAAUGUCACAAACAUAUGUUUUUAUUUACCUGCUGUAAUCGUUUCUGAUGGCUCUUAGCUAAUAUUGGGACACUACCACUGAGUUGCUGCCGUGGUGCGCGCCAAAACAGUGCCGUGUUUUCACGCUGCAUAUCAUUAUCGUAUUUAGGAUUGCUGCUGUGGUAUGUGCCAAAACAGUGCCAUGUUUUCCUGCUGCAUAUCAUUAUCUUAAGGAUUCCUAAAGGGUCUCUAUGGAGUGUCCAAAUUUUCAAUCCCAUUAAAUCAAUGAAGGCAAAUAGCUCAUUU